AUGGAACCCAGCCACCGUGCUUCCAUGUUGGACGUGGAAGCGACGUGGAAGCAGCUAAGCUGUACCGAACUAGCAAUCCCGGUCCACGUAGAAGCGGCUAUGCGUCGCUACACCACGGAACCUGGUGGGUCUGUCGGUGUCGUGGAAGCUGGGAUUGCAGUUUACACUGCCGCGUACGACCAACGACUACAGCGUUCGCCCGACCGUGCGCCGCCCCAACAACAACCCCAACAACAGCCGCAACCCGGCCAGCUCAGCCAUAUCCAGGGCCACUUAAACCAAGGCCAUUUAAACCAGUCACAGAUUAGCCAGCCACCUUUCCAAGAAGGUAUGCCGUAUGCACCACAACCGCCGUUCUAUCCCACUGCUGGCUACGGCUACGAAUACCAACAACCGCCGCCGAGCGGAUACGCGUACUACCCUCAGUAUCCAGGCGCAGGCAGCAGUGGGUAUCCUCCAAACCCGGCAGGCAGCGGGUACCCACCGGGGGCUGCCAACGGGUAUCCCGUGAUGGUGCAGCCGCCGUUCCAAGGUGUCACCGGGUGGUACCCGGGCGCCGCACCUGAGGUGCCAGGCGAGUACCCUGCGGCGACAACCUUACCCUCGCUUAACCUGGCCUUCAGCAGCAAGUCAAGCUACUCCAAGCCUCCGGGCAAGCGCUCCUCACCGCAGUCUGACUACAAGUACGCUAUCCCCGGGCCCGUACCCGCGACAGAGCCGCGUGUCAAGAUUGACACAUCUACCGGCCAGGAAUUGAUGACCUUCCAGUAUACACAGAAAAAGGUGGUUACUCCCUUUACCAUUAAAUGCCCUGUGCCUAUUCCGCCGAACGCUGCCACCACGGAUUACCGCCACUUGAUUCAGAAUCCUCAAUUGGAUACGUUUUUGAUGAUGUUGCAGGAACAAGAGCGCAGUUCAAACAGUACGUUUCGCCAAGACAAUUGCAUAUAUCCUGGAGCGAUGGUGGCACGGGAGAAUUAUCGCGGAAAUCGUUGGUUCUACGAGAAUGAGUGCAAUCGUAUAGGCUGGGAGUUGAGCUGGUUGAACUCGGAGAUUAGAAAGCAACGGGGGUUGAUUCAGCGAGCAGUGGAUUCGUGGAGGAAUAGUCGUCAUGAUGGGAGCUUUAUGAGUCGGAGGGUGAAGCGACGGACGAAGGCCGCGUUGGCAGCGCAGCCGAACCGCACAAGCGAGUCCUAGAUGAGACGAGCCCUAGAUGAGGCAAGCCCUAGGUGAGGCGAAGCCAGCAACGUUGAAACAUGAAUGAAUUAAUUAUAAUCACAUACCUCUGGCGGAGUCAGCAACGUAGAAACAAGAAAUGAACUUGCGAAAUUUCCAAUUAGAUACGUAUAUAAAGGCGAUAUUAGC